GAUCACAAGCGAGUAUCAUUUGCGCCAAUUGUCUGGGUAAAAAGAAAAUAAAGAAACGAUAACGAACUGAAAUUUCAACCAACCAGUGGUGGCGAGUAUGAUACUUUCCAACUCACUCUCCUUUUCUACUUCUCUCCGAUUCAAUAGCCCGCAACUGCAACUGCAACAGCAACAGCAGCAGCAGCAGCAGCUGCUGUUGUUUGUGGAUUCUUCUUCACGUAUUCUUCAAUUGAAGAAGAAGAGUAGAGGGUUAUCAAUGGUGACUCGUGCUGGUGGAAUUAGUUCGGGCAGUUAUAUAUUUGCUUUGGUAUUUCCACUUUCUCUCCUUGCUAUCACCAUCUUCACUUCUGCCCGUGUUGCUGAUAACCUCGACCAGAAAUUUCUAGAAGAGCUUGCUGUAAAUGAAACUAUAGCAGAAGGUGAGGAAGAUGAUGGCAGUGCAGUCACUCCGUUAGAGGAAAAACCAGCAACUCCUCGUACACGCAAUCGACCCAAACGGGAAGUUGAACCUUCAUCUAAGUAGUCUUUAUUUUGUUAAAGGUGAAUUGAUAAUCUACAGAGUGGUUUCUUUAGCACUUUGUCCUUCACUAUUUAUCAUAAUUGGCUAGAAAAGAUGUCUUUAUUCACCAAUACUUUAAGUGACUAAUUCGAAAUAUAACAGUAUAUGUGUAUGAAGAGCUAUUUAUUUUACUAAAGAUAUAGCCAACUUAAACUCUAGAAUCCAUUUUGAGGUUAUCGAUAAGAAACAAUAACUUAUAAUCCACCUAUAAAAUUUACUU